CUCGACCGGGCCCAGCGCUUCAAGUGGUACGUCGCGCUGCUCAUGGUCGCGGCGGCGUUCUUCUCGACGGCGCUCAACUUCCUGCCGCUCGUCGUCAUCAAGCCCGCCAAGUUCGCCACGGCCUUCUGCAUCGGCACCGUCGCGUCCAUCGCGGCCAAGUUCAUGCUCAACGGGCCGCUCACGCAGCUGCGGAAGAUGGUCGCGCUCCGGAAGCUGCCCUACACGCUGGCCCUCUUCGCGUCGACGGCGCUGACGCUCUACGCCUGCUUCGGCCUGGGCAACUUCGUCGCCAUCGUGCUCUCGAGCGGCAUGCAGAUCGCCGCGCUCCUCUACUACCUUUUUGGCGACACGCCGGGCGGCAUCGCGGGCAUCAAGCUCCUCGGCCGCCUC